CUCGACAGCUCCUGGUCGCUCCUCGGCUGGUUGGCUGAAGGGGUGUCCACGACCAACGAACCCAGAUCGACGCACCUGCAGCACAUCCCACACAAACAGAGGCUUGAGCCCCGGGGGCCGAAGUGGGCGGUUUGCCGGGGCGGGGACUUGGUCUCAUGGCACCAAGUCUCUGUUCAGUAUCUUCCGCGACGCGAUUCAUCUGUGGCGGCUUCGCAUUUUCUUCUAUCAGGGGCCUCCUUGGUUCCGCGACGGAGAAAAAAGAUCUCAAAUCAAGUAGGCCGGGUUGCGGAACGACUGGAGGCUACGGGAAAUGGGUCACGACAGAGGGCAGAAGAAGCAGAACACGCCGAAAGCCCCGCGACCCAGCCCGAUGCUGCCUUGGUCUACGGCUACAUGAACGGCGAUCUAAUUACCUAUGGCUUCCGCCUGGUGGAGGCAAAGCUGUUGGUGCUUGGCAUGAGAUUGUCAGUGCAGCCUGCAAAGUAUCCAUACACUCUGUCGCCGGACAUCAACGAAGCGCCAGCCGCGCUAACGAAUGGGCCUCAUCAACAAAUGGUGUACAAUCUUUGCGAAAGUGGGAGCUGCUCACUCUAUUUAAACAAGGUGUUUGAUGGACCGCAAGCACCCGUCGGGAUCUCUUCAGAGAGACAAACUAAAAAGGACUAG